AUGGAUGCAGAAAUUGAAGAUCUUAGAAAAGAAAUAAAUGAAUUCAAAGAAAAGAAUCAUAAAUUACAAUCAGUGUUCAAUGGAUUAUGUAAAUCUUUAUCUAAUAAACAAUUUGACGAAAGAAUUUCAACUGUAAAAAAAGAGAAUCAAAAUUAUAGUGAAAGACUACAAGAAUUGCAAUCAGGCAUAGCACAAAUAUCCGAAGAAGAAAAGAAAAAAAUUGAAGAUGAAUAUGAAAAAAAUCUUAAAUUUUGGAGACAAAGAAAAAGAAUGGUAGGAAAUGAAAUGUUUAAUUAUUUUACGUGUUCUAAUUAUGAAGAAACAACAGAUAUUAAAGUCUAUGAUCCUGCUUAUAUUGAGUCACUCUUGAUAUGA